AUGGCUGCUUCUCUCUUCCGCACCUCUACCCGCGCUGCCCUCCGCUCCGGAGCUUCGGCUACUCCCAGAGCUGGGGUUGCGGGCUUGACUUUUGCCCGGGGCAAGGCUACUCUGCCUGACCUGUCGUAUGACUAUGGUGCUCUGGAGCCUGCCAUCUCCGGUCAGAUCAUGGAGCUUCACCACAAGGCUCACCACAACACCUAUGUCAACAACUACAACGCCGCCGUUGAGCAGCUCCAGGAGGCUCAGCACAAGGGCGACAUUUCCGCUCAGAUUGCUCUUAAGCCCGCCAUCAACUUCAACGGUGGUGGUCACCUGAACCACACUCUCUUCUGGGAGAACUUGGCCCCCAAGAGCGCUGGUGGUGGUGAGCCCCCAUCGGGUGCUCUCGCUACUGCCAUCGACAACACCUUUGGCGGUCUCGACAAGCUCCAGGCACAGAUCAACACUGCUCUUGCUGGUAUCCAGGGCAGUGGCUGGGCUUGGCUCGUCAAGGACAAGCAGACCGGUCAGAUUAGCGUCCGCACCUACGCUAACCAGGACCCCGUCGUUGGCCAGUUCCAGCCCCUCCUCGGUAUUGACGCCUGGGAGCACGCCUACUACCUCCAAUACCAGAACCGCAAGGCCGAGUACUUCAAGGCCAUCUGGGACGUUGUCAACUGGAAGGCAGUUGAGAAGCGCUUCUCGUAA